UACAACAACAAUAACAAGUCGGAAGACUAAUCACCAAGGGAACUGAUUGCCAUAACAAAAUUACUUGGUCAGAAUAUUUGUAUAAUAAUAUUUAAAUGUAUUAAAUAAGGCAAUGAGUGCUAAGGAAUCAGAGGAUAAGAGAUCUGCGAUAAGUGCGGAAAUGGCAGCGGCAACGGCUCCUCCACCGCCACCCACAGCUGCCGGUAGACCCCCUACUUCGCAGCUCUUUUCGCGUGGCAACUUGGUUAGCAGUCGAACUGGCGGGGAUAAGACAGCUCUGGCCAGGCCUUCAACGGCGGUGCGAGCCGUGGGCUAUGCAGCGAGCAAUUUCGACCAAUUCUUUUUGGAGAAGGUCAAGCAACAGACGCUUUCAUCGGCCAAUGCCGCUGUCGAUGCAGCCAAGGAGGUCAAUCCGCAGAUAAAAUACAAGAAUAUGGAAACUAAAAUUGUAAAGUUGUUGGAGUCAUCGAUUGUGCUGGCAGCGCGAUGUUCCUCGAAUCUUACAAAUGGUUCUAUCAAUGCGGAAGUAAAGUCCCAAUUGGCAGAGGCGCUGAACAAGGCUAAGGAUGCGUCUUCAUUGGAUCGCAUAUUGCAUCAUGAACAGGAUAAACAGGGCGAAAAUGUGUUUCACAACUUCGACUUGACAUAUGCGGUAUUCUUCAAUCUUGCCGAGCAAUAUGAGCACAAUGAUAUGCACAUCGAGGCACUGAACACCUACAACAUUAUGACAAAGAACAAGAUGUUUCCACAUGUGAAUCAACUCAAGUUGAAUAUGGGAAACAUUUAUUUAAAGAUGGGCAUGCAUAAAAAGGCCAUCAAGAUGUAUCGCAUGGCAUUGGAUUCGGUGCCCAACACACUAAAGCAGCUACGUCUUAAGAUUACUGAGAAUAUUGGAGUAUUAUUUGUAAGAAUGGGUCAAUAUGCGGAUGCUGCAUCGAGCUUUGAGUUUAUUAUGUCGGAACGUGCGGAUAUUCGAAGUGGCAUCCAUUUGCUGCUAUGCUACUAUUCCAUGGGAGAUGUGGACAAAAUAAAGAGCACAUUCCGCAGUCUGUGUGAUGUGGAAACGGAGCACGAUUUGGAGACCGAAAAUAACAUUAUUAGAUUGCAGCAGCAGGCUGAACAGGCGGGAAAAGCUAGUUUGGAUCCGGCUCAGACCGGGGGGACUCAUGCAGCCGAAGUUGCGAUCAUUGAUGGGGAUGGUAACAGUUCCUUUGUUCAAAUCAACGUUCCCAACAAGAGUUCAGCCAAUGCCAAGAAUCGCCAUGUUCUCCAGGCUCUCAAAACCGAUGAACUGGCGAUUUAUAUGAAACAUCGACGUAAUACGGAAAAGCGUUCCAUUACCAUGAUUGUUGAUCUGAUUUCGCCACUAAUUGAAGAGAAUUACAAUGAUGGCUACAACUGGUGCAUUGAGGUCAUCAGGACAUCGAAUCUCUCCUGGCUGGCCAACGAGUUGGAGCUGAACAAGGCUCUCGUCUAUCUGCGUCAGAACGAUGUUAAUCAGGCCAUAGAAACGCUCCAAAUGUAUGAUCGUAAGAGCGAAAGCUCUAUGACGGCCAGUGCGUUGACCAAUCUCAGUUUUAUCUACAUCAAUCUGGGAAACCUGGAGAUGGCCACACACUGUUUGAAUCAACUUCAGGAGAUUGGAGCACUGCAAUCAAAUGCUUUGGCUUUGGUUAAUGCCAGCAUUGUGGACUUGCAGAAUCAGAAUGUGAGCUUGGCCAGGGAGAGAUUACAGCGUGCCUUGCAAGUGGACUCGACGCACUUUGAGGCCAACUAUAAUCUGGGAUUGUUGGCUUUGCAGGAGCAGGACUACGAGCUGGCAGAGGAGCAGUUUGAGUUGUUGAAGGCACAGCUAAUGGAACCGCAUUCGGUUCAGCAUCGUCAUGUCUACUAUCAACUGGCCAAAUUGCAGGAGAGGCGUCUUAGCAACGCCACCUCAACUGGCAGCUUUAUGACGCCGAGCAACGCUUCUCCAGCUGCUCUCCAUGGGUAUUUACAGGUGCUGGGCAUCUCGGCCGCCGACAUUGAUUCGCGUUUAUCUGAGAAGAUGGGCUCCAUGUACGAGCAGAUACAAGACCAUCAGAAGGCCAAUCAAUACUACAACGAGGCGUAUCGCAUCAACAUGAGUGACAUAAACAUUGCCAGCUCCAUUGGCUCCUAUUACAUCAAGCUGCAGGCCACGGAGAAGGCACUGUAUUACUAUGAGCGUGCCGUUCUAGCUGAUCCCAAUGAUCCCAAUCUGAUGUUGCGCAUUGCCAGCUGCUUUCGCAAUUCGUAUCUGCCGCCCAAGCAAUAUCUGGGCAUGUUUGAGAAGAUCUAUGCGAGAUUUCCCGACAACUUAACAUGUGUUCGCGCUCUCAUGCAGGUCACCAAGUCGUUGGGUUUGAGUGAGCUUCAUGAACGUUAUGGCCAGGAUUAUGCCAGGUUGCACAAGCAGCAGCAGGAGCGUCAAAACGAACAACGCUAUCAGCAGCAGCGUUUAUCCUCGGCCACCUCGGGCAGAGGCAGCAGUCGGCUAAGAGCAAUCCGACCAUCGAAUGAGGAGCGACUGGCAGAAAACAGCGAUAUUUCUGCAACUCUCUCAUCCAGCAGCUCCACUGGUUACAAUGCCGAUCAGUUCCUUCAAAGCGGCAACUCCUACUCGGUUAAACAGCAUGUGGAUCCAUUGGGUCCACCUGCAGAACGUCCACGUACAGGAAUGUUUCGAGCCCAGCAGAGCAAUGACUCUGAUGACGAUGCGGAAAUGAAUGCCGAGAGUCUGUUGCCCAUUUAAAUGAUGUCGCAAGUCUAUAUUGAGUUAAUGCAUUCAAUAACUUAAGAAUAUAAUAUUGUAUUUCCUUAUACAAAGAAAUAAAAUCCUAAUAAAAACAUUUGCUAAGCUUGAACAAUUAUCUGAAACUGAA